GGUUAGGUUGUAGUGGAUGCUGCAGGGAGGAGGAGUGCCCACGUGUGUCUGCAGCUGGAGGCCGACAGUGACUGGUCCUGGGUCUGAGCGCCCACCUCGGCUUUGGAGAACGUUCAUCCCGCCACUCUGUGUCCCAGUAGCCGUAAUUCGAUGGAAGGAGCUGGAGCUGGUGGAGGGUCUGGCUCAGCCAGUCCGGAGCCACAAGAGGCACCAGCUCCGGCUGUGGAGUUUCACGAGGAUGAAGAAAUUAUAGAGGUGCUGGAACUCAAUGAUGCAGAACCCGAUCCAGAUGAUCUCGCAAGUGACAUGGAGGAUGUAGAUUUUGCUGAUGAGCCAGAGGCAGGAGAAAUGGCUGAUGAGGAAUGGGAAACUGAGGAUGAGGGUGUAGAGGAAGGUGCAGAGCCUCAUGAUGAUAGUGAGCUGACUUUCUCCAAACAUACAGCCUCUGUGUUCUGUGUGAGCCUUGAUCCUAAGGAGAGUAUCCUCGCUGUGACUGGGGGAGAGGAUGAUAAGGCUUAUGUUUGGAGGAUCUGUGAUGGGGAAACACUGUUUGAGUGUACAGGUCACAAGGAUUCUGUUACCUGUGCCUGUUUUAGCCACGAUUCCAGCAUGGUGGCCACUGGUGACAUGGGUGGCCUCCUCAAGGCGUGGAAAGUGCAAGGUGGGGAGGAGAUAUGGUCGUUUGAAGUUGGUGACUUAGAGUGGCUGGAGUGGCACCCGGGUGCCCCUGUAUUGUUGGCAGGCACUGCUGAUGGAAACACCUGGAUGUGGAAAAUACCAAGUGGAGAAUGCAAGACCUUCCAGGGCUCCAACUGCCCAGUCACCUGUGGACAGUUCCUGCCCGAUGGAAAGAAAGCCGUCGUUGGUUAUGAAGAUGGCAGUGUGCGAAUUUGGGAUCUGAAACAGGGAAGCACUGUCCAUGUUGUUAAAGGUAGUGAUGGCCAUAACGGUCCUUUGACAUGUGUUUCAUCGAAUGCAGACGGAAGUCUGGUCUUAACAGGCUCGGUUGAUUGUGACACGAAAAUGGUGAACACAGCAACUGGAAAAGUUGUUGGUGUAUUCAGGACAGAAAGUAAUGUAUCAAAAGCAUCCAAGCGCGAGGAAGGUGAAGCAGAGACUAACUCAGUGGAAUCAGUGGGAUUCUGUAACGUGCUUCCACUGGCGGCUGUUGGUUAUUUGGAUGGUACAUUGGCUAUUUAUGAUAUCUCCACUCAAACUCUUCGACAUCGGUGUCAGCACGAAUCUGGAAUUGUGCGACUCCUAUGGGAAGACAACUCACCCGUGGUCUAUACAUGCAGCUUGGAUGGAGCUGUCAGACUUUGGGAUUCGAGGUCAGGAAAAAUGAUUAGUGAAUAUUGUGGCCACACAGCUGAGAUUCUUGACUUUGCACUUAACAAAGAGGCUACUACUGUAGUGACGGCAUCUGGAGACCACAAGGCAAAGGUUUUCUGCGUGCAACAGCCAGACCGUUAAGACGCAUGUGCCCCCGCGUUCGUGUUUCAAGAGAGAACACAAGCUCUAUGGGACUGUUGAUGUAAUCUUUACUACAUAAAUAUAUUUGGAUGCGUGUGUAUUUUUCAUACAGGCAAAUAUGUCCCGAGGUGUAUAUACAUGUACAUAGGUGCACAUACCUCUCUCAUGUUGGGCGGCCUGGGCACGUGAAGGAGGGGACAAAAUUAUUGUCAAAAAUUGAAUGAAUUUGCACAAAAUCACUUCUUCAAAUGAGAUUUUUUUCUUUUUCUUUUAUUUGUAAGGCGUAAAGGGCUGUUAAGAAUUGUCCUUUUGUGCAAUAAAGCACACAGGCUUCCAUAUUGCCUAAAACAAAGAUAGAUUUGAGGACAACCUGUGAUAUUUUUAGAGAGAAAAAACAUUUGUAAUAAAUUUUGUCGGCAUGUUGGAUAUGCAUCUAGGUUUCAUUUCUUUUUGAAAAAUCUUGUUGAAUUUAGAGGAAAUGCAACUUGAAUAUAUCUUACAAAACUAGCCAUUAAUGAAUUAGGAAGGGUUUGUUUGAAUUGAUUGUGAGAAGUCUUUCUAGCCCGUUCAUCACUUGUGGUGCAUACUGUGCAGUCAGGAGACCCAGAAGGCAUGAUAUCUUGUGACCGUUUGUAACACUGCUGUAUUGUAAUAUGCCCCGGGAUAAUAUCAUGUUUAAUAUGCAUUCUUUUAAAUUAAUACUUACAUUUCUUAAUACAUACAUGUUGCAAAACUGUA